CGGAGGUCAUCGAACCAAACGAAUUCAUCACUACCUCGAACUAUAUUCCAUCGGGCGCUCGAAGCCAGUCAUCUGGAAUGGGAUGACUCCCAUCUCAGGUUCAUUCUGGAACACGACGGGCCCGUCCUCUAUGAGCCCCACUCAUCCGAUUCAUUCAAUUAUCAGGGAUACCCCCUUUGGAACGGUAUGUCAUCGAACCAAACGAAUUCAUCACUACCUCGAACUAUAUUCCAUCGGGCGCUCGAAGCCAGUCAUCUGGAAUGGGAUGACUCCCAUCUCAGGUUCAUUCUGGAACACGACGGGCCCGUUCUCUAUGAGCCCCACUCAUCCGAUUCAUUCAAUUAUCAGGGAUACCCCCUUUGGAACGAGAACAUCCCAACCGCUUGUGCCAGAGUUGAAGCGCUCAGAUCUCACGGCUACCGAUCAGAAGCCCUACGUUUGGCCGUCUCUAUAGUCAGAACAUUAAAGAAACAUCAGUCCGACUGUCAGAAUAUGUGGCACUCGGACCCCAAACCCAGCGCCUCGACAUCGACGUCAACACAUUCCCAUUCAGUACAUUGCAAUAACGAGGGUUGGAUCGGACACCCGCUCGACCCGAUUGGCUCACUGUUCGACACAUUAGCGGAGGCCUCACUCACGCCUGAGUGCAAGCCUUUGGACUCCUAUUACGGCUCCUUUACGACUGAGAUCUCAAACAAUACAAAUACUACAAACACUAACACUAAUAGUCAAAUGGCAUCCAUUAUACCCGAAGACUCAAUGACACACAAUAAUACAAAUCUUGCGGUUUCGGUGGUUAGAGAGAGGCCUCGAUAUCAGCACAUAGUAGUGCCGGGAACUAGAGAUAGAAGCGAAACCUAUUUGACGUUAGCCAUGGAAUCGGGUCUAAUAGGUUUGGGUCAACAGAGGCUAAUGCCGGCCGGAUUUUACGCACAGGAAAAGGCGUGCAAACAGGAGGACCGCAUGAUUGCCAAAUUGCAAGACAUCGAACUCGACUCCACAUUACUAUCGGUUCUUCGACGACAAACGAUGACACUUCUCGAUGGCGGACCGUUCAGUGGUUUGGGAACUGGCGUUCAUCCCGAAAGUGUUCCGAUGCAUACAUUUGCCAAAUAUAUGUUCAACGCUUUACUUAAUUUUGAUCACGACUUAUCAUAUAAUGUCGGCUUAAGAGCCAUGAGGCUUCCAAUACUCGAAGAUCACGACGAUAUCGAUGACAAUGGGAUCGGUAUUCAUAGCGGCGUUUUGGGUCGAUAUCCGCGAUGGUUUACAUUAGCACACAUAGAGAUGCAACAGUGCUCUCUCGCCUCAACCAUGUUGUCUGCAGCCAAGAGUGAUAUCAACCGAUUGCGAUCAGUGUUGAAGUCAGCACAACGUAAUAUUCACAGUUCGACUCAACUGUUUAAGUUGGCUCAGGACGCGUUCCGAAUCGCGGCGCCAGUGGACGGCGGCCCCCGUCACGGCCACCUCCUCACCGCCUCCUUUGAAUUAGGCCUACAAGUGAUGCGAAUGACUUUGUCGUCGUUGAGUUGGCGCCGACGAGAUAUGGUUAGAUGGCUCGUGACGUGCGCCACCGAAGUGGGUCUCGACGCCCUCAUCUCGAUUAUGCAGAGCUGGUACGGCCUCUUCACGCCCACCGAAGCCACGGGUCCGGUCGCCAGCUCUAUAAUGUCUCACUCGACUGUUAUGAGACUCGCGUUGGACUUCAGUCAACAGGAAGAGCUAUCGACGUGCGCCCGAACGCUAGCCCUCCAGUGCGCCACUAAAGACCCGCCCAAUUGCGCUCUCAAUGCGCUGACACUCUGCGAGAGCGAUCAGUUGGCCUUUGAGGCCGCCUAUCAAAUAGUAGGCGACGCCGGCUCUACGGGUGUAAUGAAUAGCUCGCAACUAUUCACUGUCGCCCGUUAUAUGGAGCACAGGGGCUAUCCCUUACGUGCCUACAAACUGGCCGUUUUGGCCACAAAAGGGGUCCACAUUUCAUACAACGGCGAUAAUCACCCGUCGAUUAGCGACGUUCACUGGGCGUGCGCUCUCGCACACGGACUCGGCAAGAAUGAGUUGUCCGGUUUGGUGCCACUACUAGUGAAGAACGUUCAGUGCGCUCCUGUCCUGUCAGACAUACUGAGGCGGUGUUCAAUCGGCGCUCCGGGUGUGGGCACGUGUAGUAGUGAGAAGCGUCGGUGUCUAAAGUCUCUGCCAUUAGAUAAGCCUCCGUUGCGACAACUGUUGGACGCGGCCAUUACUGCUUACGUGAACACAACUCACUCACGCCUCACACACAUAAGUCCCCGACAUUACGGCGACUUCAUUGAGUUCCUGGGAAAGGCUAGAGAGACGUUCCUAUUGGCACCGGACGGUCACCACCAGUUCGUAUCACUCAUUGAUAACAUGAAAAUGGUAUAUAAGGGCAAAAAGAAGCUCAUGUUUCUAGUCAAGGAACGGUUCGGUUGACCCAACCCUUCAUUAGAACCAUUUGUCAAUUCAUUUUAAACUAAUUUAUAACUUAACUUCCAAUCCUCUCUUAAUAUGUAUUUAGUUUUUAAAUAACAAUUUAUGCAAACACUUACGCAUUAGUGUCAGAGCUAUUCAUAUGGUUUCGCUACUCAUAUGACUUAACUCUGUAUUUAUAGAUGAAUUGAGAGCUCGAUUGCAUUGGUUUGCAAUAAGUAUUAGAUCUCUUCCCGCAUUAAAAUGAGUUUCGUUACUAAAGCCAAGUAUAGCACUAAACGUAGUACUACUGGACCAGUACUAUAGCACCGCUUACUCUAAUCCAAGUCAUAAUUAUUUGUACCUCAUUUCGAACCAAAGACUAUUCAAUUCUUCAAUUCUCGCCCUAAUAUGUGAUUAUAGAUCUGCUAAACAAUUAUUCAUUGAAAGUAUCCAUACAUUCAAAUAUCAUUGCAAUCAACACUCGUUUUAUAUGAUUAUAUAUACAGUAAUGCAUUCAUACAUGCAUUCAAUUGAUAUACAAUUUACAUUCCUUUGAUUGAAGUUAAUUUUUGAAUGAAUUGAUGGCUAAAUCAUACCCUAAAACAUUAAACCACUUCUUUAUGAGAUGCACUCCAAAGUAGACACGAAUUGAGUUUUUUAAUUACUUGACCCAAAAUUAAUUUAAUAUAAUUUAAUAUAAUUAGAAUGAAAUGUUUUUAUAAUCACUGCUAUUGAAUGUGUUGUAAACUAAAUGAUUAAUUAGAUUGAAAAUUGUUUGAGAAAAAGAAACAAUAAUUGAAAUUCUUAUUGAAAAUGAUGGGAUGGAAAGUGCAAUACCAAAGCACUCCUCACUAUUAACAUUUCAAAACCAAUUAUUGUUUUUAACACUCUUUCUGUUGAAUUAAUUCUGUUUUUAGCUAAUAAUGAUAUGAAGAUUCAAAUACAUGUACAAUACAGCUGAUGGUAAUGAUGACCAGCCCCUGCCCUACCCUACUCUCUCACUAUCUCCUAACCCCCUCCCCUUCCCGUCUCUCUCCCCCACCUGUGAAUAAUCUGUGAUCUAAUCUGAAUGCAGUGCAGACAUAAUAUUCAAAUAAAAGCAUACUUUUUGAGAUUUAUUCAAACAAAUCCUUUGUAUAACUCGUAUUGAAAUUUAUGCAAACAAUUGGAGAAAUAAUUAGAGAAAAAUCGACAACUCUUUACAAACAAAUCGG